GAUUAGACAAAGAGAGCAACCGGGUUUGGCCAGGAGGGGGCGCAGUCUCCCUUGUGCGGGCUGGCCCUGUUUUCCCAGGGCAGGGAGAGCGGAGGGGCCUAGCCGAAGGAGGCCUUGGGAUCUGGCCGCCGUCCCUGCCUCAAGGCCGGGGCUGCUGCCUCCGCUCCUGCAGGAUUCCCCCCCCCCGAAAACCCAGGCCGGCUUGGGUGCAAAGGAAGGCGAGGGAACCUUUGAGCACGUGCGGCAUGCGCCCCCACCUUGGACUCCAUAAAGCCCUUGGCCGUCUCAGGUCAGCUGGAGAAGAUGACCCUGCGCAGGCAGCUGGAGGCCCUCAGCGUCUUCCAGUGGGUGCUGACUUUCCUCUUCUUCGGCGCCUUCUUCACCCUGCUUCUUAUCUACCUGCUCUUCACCUCCUUCUGGUCCCUGAGUGUGCUCUACUUCAUCUGGUGGAUUGUGGAUUUGGACACCCCCAUGCAAGGAGGCCGUCGUAGUGAGUGGAUGAGGCGCUGGAAGGUCUGGGAGUUGCACAGGGACUAUUUCCCCAUCAAGCUGGUGAAGACUGCUGAACUGCCGCCCACCAGGAAUUAUGUCCUGGGCUCCCACCCCCACGGCAUCAUCUGUGCGGGAGCCUUUUCUGCCUUCAGCACAGAGGCCUGUGGCUUCUCCAGGGUCUUUCCCGGCCUGACCUCCAGCCUGGCCCUCCUGGCUGGCCUCUUCUACCUGCCCGUGUACCGCGAGUACAUGAUGAGCUCAGGGAUGGUGCCAGUCAGCAAGAAGUCCCUGGACUUCCUGCUCCGAACGGGGCCUGGACAUGCGGUGGUCAUUGUGGUGGGCGGGGCCUCAGAGUCCCUGGACUGCAACCCAGGCGAGCAGCGGCUGCGUCUUUCAGGCAGGCGAGGCUUCGUGCGGCUGGCGCUGCAGCACGGGGCAGACCUCGUCCCCGUUUUCUCCUUUGGGGAGAACGACAUUUUCCGGCAGGUGCGGUUCCCCGAGGGCAGCCUCCUCCGGCGUCUCCAGCUUCGCUUCAAGCAGCUGUCUGGCUUCGCUCCCUGCCUUUUCGUGGGGCGCAGCCUCUUCUCCAGCCACUGCUGGGGGCUCCUGCCCCAACCAUCCCCCAUCACGGUUGUGGUGGGGAAGCCAAUCCCUGUCCCUUUGCGCCCACAGCCCAACCCAGAGGAGGUGGACCGCUACCACGCCCUCUACGUCCAGGCACUGCAGCAACUCUUUGAGGAGCACAAGGGCAACGGUGGCCUCCCCCCCUCACAGCAGCUCUUCAUCACCUAGGGAGCCCUCCCCGGCCAGGGAGCCAGGCGCCCGUCUCUGCUGCAGGCUCAGGCGGGGUCCCCUCUUUUGCUCCCCGGUCCUAAUAAAGAGUGAUACAUUUUGUGGCA